AUGUCUGUUAUUGAUAAGAAUUAUCGUGAAAAAUGUUGGUUAGCACGUGAUGAUUAUUGGAAAUGUCUCGAUAUGAAUAAAGAAGAAAAAGAACAAUGUUUAAAAUUUCGUCAAUUAUUCGAAUCAAGUUGUCCAGCAACAUGGGUAACACAUUUUGAUCAAAAACGUGAAUAUGAUAUAUUUAAACGACAAUUAGCACUUGGUCAAGUGGAAACAGACAAAUUAAAAUCUAUAAAACAACAGCCAACACCUUGA